CCUUUCCUCCGUGCUCCUCCCACACGUAUUUCACCACGAUCCCGAAAGGCCCAGCGGCUAGGAGAGUCACGUGAGAGUGGGUGGUGGAAGUGGAGGCUUGUCUUGGCUGUUUCUUCGUCUCUAUGGUUUUCAGAGGUGGGCGGCUUUGACGGAGAAGCAGCUGCAGCUCAGGCAUGGACGGGUAACCACUACUUCCUCUUGCUUUGGGUUGGGCAUCAGUGUGGAAAAGUUGAGCUUGGGGUCAGACUCCCUGGGAAAGAUGGCAUUGAUAGUACUGGGCUUACAUCCUACAACCUCAGAAACUCCAGAAGAGAGAAGACUUCCCUUUUUCUGAUUCUAAUGGAAUUCUGUUACAAUAACAAACUACUCUGUGGCCUUACUUCGGUCAUUGCCCAUCCUAGAGACAAUCUCUGUGACCAGACAGAUGGAAUGCCUUGGGUGUUCAGAAUUGGAUCUUCUUCCCACUGUGGAGUAGGAUGGAGGGAGAUACAGUUUAAAAGGACAUGAAUUAAGGGAUGUUUCGUCUUAACUCACUCUCUGCACUGGCAGAGCUGGCAGUGCGCUCUCGAUGGUACCAUGGAGGAUCACAGCCCACCCAGAUCAGGCGACGGCUAAUGAUGGUGGCUUUUCUUGGAGCAUCUGCAAUAACUGCAAGUACUGGUCUGUUGUGGAAAAGGGCCCUUGCAGAAUCUCCACCAUCUGCAAACAACAUCAAGAGUGAACUUGGUGAUAAAGGGAAGAGUAAAGAGGAAGGGGAAGAUUGUAAUGCUGAAAAAAAGGCUGCAGGUGUUUGUCUUGAGCCUUAUCCAGAAGAGAAAAAGAAGAAACGUUCUGGAUUCAGAGAUAGAAAAGUGAUGGAAUAUGAGAAUAGGAUUCGUGCAUAUUCCACACCAGAUAAAAUCUUCCGCUAUUUUGCCACCUUGAAAGUAAUCAGUGAGCAUGGUGAAUCUGAAGUGUUUAUGACACCACAAGAUUUUGUGCGAUCCAUAACACCCAAUGAAAAACAACCAGAACACUUGGGUCUGGAUCAGUAUACAAUAAAACGCUUUGAUGGAAAGGCUGAAUUCUCCAAACAGAAAAAGAAAAUAUUACACAGAGUCAGAGAGAAAACUAAAAGCUCUAUUUUACAGAGAAGGAAGAAGGCACAGCAGGAAGAUCGAGCCAGGGAUGGCUUUACAAAGCUUAGCAAGAAGGAAGUCAGAAGGAAAAUCAUGAAGUGGCUGGAAAAGAAAAUUGCCCAGGAACGAGAAAAAUUUGCUGAUGAAGGCAGUAUAUUUUACACCCUUGGAGAAUGUGGACUCAUAUCCUUUUCAGACUACAUUUUCCUUACGACUGUUCUUUCGACUCCUCAGAGAAAUUUUGAAAUUGCCUUCAAGAUGUUUGACUUGAAUGGAGAUGGAGAAGUAGACAUGGAAGAGUUUGAACAGGUUCAGAGCAUUAUUCGCUCCCAAACCAGCAUGGGAAUGCGUCACAGAGAUCGUCCAACAACUGGUAACACCCUCAAGUCUGGCUUGUGUUCAGCCCUCACAACCUACUUUUUUGGAGCUGAUCUCAAGGGGAAGCUGACAAUCAAAAACUUCCUUGAAUUUCAGCGUAAACUGCAGCAUGAUGUUCUGAAGCUGGAGUUUGAACGCCAUGACCCUGUGGAUGGGAGAAUCACUGAGAGGCAGUUUGGUGGCAUGCUGCUGGCUUACAGUGGAGUGCAGUCCAAGAAGCUGACUGCCAUGCAGAAGCAGCUCAAGAAGCACUUCAAAGAGGGAAAGGGGCUGACAUUUCAGGAAGUGGAGAACUUCUUUACUUUCCUAAAGAAUAUUAAUGAUGUAGACACUGCGUUGAGCUUUUAUCACAUGGCUGGGGCGUCUCUUGAUAAAGUGACCAUGCAGCAGGUAGCCAGGACAGUGGCUAAAGUGGAACUCUCAGAUCACGUGUGUGAUGUGGUGUUUGCGCUCUUUGACUGUGAUGGCAAUGGAGAGCUGAGCAAUAAGGAAUUUGUUUCUAUCAUGAAGCAACGGCUGAUGAGGGGCUUGGAGAAGCCCAAAGACAUGGGCUUCACCCGCCUCAUGCAGGCCAUGUGGAAAUGUGCACAGGAGACAGCCUGGGACUUCGCUUUGCCCAAACAGUAACCCAGAGUGGCACAAGGAGCCACCUCUCCACACCGGGCACCCUGGCUCCUUGGGCAGAGCCUUGGCACAGCCUCCCUGCUGCAACUUCUGGGAGUAGUGCUCCCUUCCUCCUGGGAAUGAUCUUAGGAUUCAAGUCUCCCCCGUCCCCCCGUUCUGCUAGGCUGAUUCUGAUCCAGUGAUUCUCUCUACAAGUUCUCAAAAACAUGAGCAAGUCCUAAAAGUGCAGACCCUUUGCAUGUUCAACACUACUAUGCACUCAAGCACCUAUGGAUAAAGAAUGCCGGCAACUGUCCCCAUGCCUGCCAACCCUGGGAAACACCCAGUUUUCAAGCCAUCUUGCUGUGGAUUUAUAUUAACAAGAACAUUCCUUGCUUCUCCUCCUGCUGGUGUUUUUAAGCUACAAACUUGGGAAACCUCUGACGGAAAAAGGAAAUCAGUGAUGAGUGGUAACAAGCAUGACCCAGACCUCCCAAACUGGCAGGAAGCCUGGGCCCGAGGACGGAUUUGUGUCGGUCCCCAGGGUGGCUCUGAGGCCUGCUCCGAAAGGCCGUGUGCACAGUGGGAAUGGAGCAAGGUUAGGGAUUUAAAGCAGCUGCUCCAUGGCUGUCCCCACUCCCUUCUUUUCCUCUCAGGCUCCCUAAGAAGACUGCAGCAUGACUGUGCUUAUGAAGUGAACAGCAGUUGAGCUCAGGUUCUGUGCAAGUGCCAUUUCCCCUCCAGGUGUGUGCCUCUGGAGCUGAGAGCUCAGAGCCUGUCUGCCCUCUGUCUUAAACACUUGUAAAAUACCACUUUAAUUAUAACAGUUUGCAAUAAACAACCCCCCCUCUCCCCGA